GCAUACUACACAACAUGUAGCAUGUUGCACUGUCAUUUCAGGACUGUUGUUGGGUGAAUUUGUUCAUUGAAAUUGGGUUAUUAUUAAUCUACGCUGUUGUAAAAUGCAUUUUAUUUUGGGAUUGUAUUUGAUAAUCAUCUUAAACUUUAGUUUAGUUUUGGGUGGAGGUCAUUUGUCGGUAAAGCUGGUGGAAUUUGUCAACCCCGGCGGAAAAGGAAGUAACAACCGGAAGUGCGACGGGAGGUUUGGCAUCACCUUCAGCAAAUGCGAUCAUCGCUUCAUUAUUUGUGUUGACAAACACACAGGUGCGAAUUCGAUGAACAAGUGUCCCUUUGGUCGCAUUGAAACACCAGUUAUAUUAAAUGCCGAUACAAUCUCGUUCCCCGACAACAUCCAUGGAAUGGAAAACCCAUUCCUGUUCAACGUAACAUCGUGGCCUGCUUCUGGAAAAUUCAAAUUGAAAGUUGAUAUUUGGGAUGACGAUUCACGUACUGCUGAUGAUCACGUGGCAUUUCUGUACAGAAAGUUUGUUCUAAAACCGAGCGGCCACAGGCGAAACCACACUCGCUUGCGCUUCAUGCUCCAUCGCAGAACCAGAUUGGUGGUGGACCUUGCGGUGUUUUGUGACGAUUACUAUUUUGGUAAAUCAUGUGACGUUUACUGUCGACCUAGAAAUGACUAUACCGGGCACUACAUCUGUAACAGUGAAGGCCAGAAAAUCUGUAUAAAGGGCUGGAGAGGAUCUAAGUGCACCCUUGUUGAUGAUUGUGUAGACGUGCCAUGCCAAAAUAAUGGCACGUGUCUGACGGAUAAUCGACAAAAUUCCUUCUUCUGUGAAUGUCAGCAUGGGUUUUCAGGAAAACUUUGUGACAUUCAACUUUGCCAAGAAAACGUCUGCAAAAACGGUGGAGUUUGUUAUCUUGUUAACAAUACAAAUGCUUGCGACUGUCCCUCAGAAUGGACCGGCGAAAGAUGUGAGACUAGACUUGCAAGUUGUGAUGACGUCACAUGCUUCAACAACGGAACCUGCGCAGAAGUUAUGAAUAAAUUCCAGUGUCGUUGCAAAACAGGUUGGCAAGGUAUAGCAUGCUUGAGGGACAUCGAUGAAUGCUUAGAUAACCCUUGUCAUGGAAACUCUAAAUGCAUCAACACAGACGGAAGUUAUUUUUGCAAAUGUUUGCAUGGAUGGAGUGGAAACGACUGUGCAGAAGACGUGAAUGAGUGCGAAAAGCGGCCAUGUGCAAACACUGCAGAAUGUGUCAACACAGAAGGGAGUUACCGGUGUCGGUGCUUGGAAAAGUCAACGGUGAAAGAUUGUUUUCCACCUAUUCGGGAGUGUUCCCAUAUGGUCUGUCAAAAUAACGGCACUUGUAUCGUAGAUGGAGAUGGAGAACGUUGUCUUUGUUUAGAACCUUGGAGAGGAGAAGUAUGUUCUGAGUUAAAGGAUUAUAGUUUGGCCUGCAAAAACGAUUGCACUACUUACGGCGAUUGUAAGGUUGACACUCAAGGGAAUUGGACAUGUACUUGUCAAAUGGAGAAUCUUUGUAAUACCAGUGUUCCCAAAAUUUGUGCAAUGCAAAAAGGCUUUGAUGUAAAUAUAUCCUAUCCUCGUUCAAAAACGGGUAAAGAGCUAAUUAAACAAGACUUCUUUCUUUGUAUGGGAAUUAAUAUUACCCAGUCAAAAGUUCUGGAUUCAGCGAAUCCCAACAAAGAGAAAAUGAACAUAGUUGGGGCAGGUUCCAAGUUUGUCUUUUGGACAAAUUGUUCAAUGUGGCUGCAAAAUAGUUUGAAAAACUGUUCACAAUUUUUAUUUGACGACGAUCUGUUUCAAGAAGAAAAUAGCAAAAAGGCAAACAAGACUAGAACUGGUCAUUUAAUGAACGCAAAGGGUUCCGAAAACUGGUUUCCACUAUUUAUUCUCCUGGUUGUUCCUUUGUUGCUCAUCGCCUGCUUUCUCGUUUUACGCAAAAGGAUGAAGAAAACCCGAGAAUCUGAAGAACCAGAUAUCGUGGGCGAUAAUACUAAUAUUUCGUUCGGCAAUUUCCUGUAUGCAGAGAUAAACGGCGAUAAUCAUUAAUAGAAUGAAAAUGUAUAGAGUUUCAAGUUUUCUAUAUGACUGUACAAUCUCCGUCGACGAACAAAACACUUUCUAUUUUACUGACUUGCAAGUAUUCACACAAGACUAUAUAUGACCCCCUACGUUUAACCGAAUUGAAUUCAAGUUUCAAGUUUUUUAAUUUCCUUUUAAGCUAGCUGGCUGACAUCAGAGUAAUUGGCACGUUAUUUAAAAAAAAAUCAUACAGAGAGAGAGAGAGAGAGAGAGAGAGUUAACGUAAAAAUACAUGCAUGAAAAUAAUGCUAUACAUAAGUAUUGUUAUUUCUUAACAAUGUGGCAGCAUUCAAAAAUUUCCCCAAAUUUAAAAGUUCUUCAACACUAUUAGUAGUUCAGCAAUUGCAUUAAUUCAAAGACGCUAGGCUGAGUAUAAUGGUACUUCUUUUCAAGAAUUUCUCUCUUAGUUCCUUAUAGAAAGGGCAUUUCAAAAUAAAAUGAAAUUCGUCUUCUACAUGUAUAUCAUGGAGAUUACAACAUAUACAUAAUCUAUUAGUCUUAGUUACAUGUAUGUUACUGUGUCGGCCCGUUUCAAUAUUCAGUAUAUGAUUUCAUAACCUACAUUUUGUUAAUAAUUGUCUGAAUUUUUUGUCAGUAGGAUUUGUUAAAUAUGAUUGCAAGCAGAAAUUGUCAAUUAAAUGUUGAUAUACAUAAUGCACCCUUUGGAGAAAUCGAUAUACUUUCUGUCGUAUUUUUCUUCGAAACAUCUAAAGUCGUUAU